UUCGACGCUGCGCAUGCGCAAAUGCCAAAUUGGAGUGACGUCGAGCAUCGGUCGCCCUAGCCAAAACAAACAUUCAAACAAACAUGUAAACACUUCCUUCAGCACUGCAGUAGUUUCGUUGUCCGAGUCGUGAGUACCGCGUUGGGAUCAGAGAAGUAUUAAUAUGGGAGCCGGAUGCACAGCAGAGUUAGCUUGAGCGAACCUAGCGGCGAAGCUAACAAACUAGCCGGGCCAUGUUACCCUAAUAGGCUUGCCGAGUAAACUAAGCAGAUGGCAGCCACGAAAGAUUAAUCUGCGGCAAAAGUCAACAGUAUGUACGACUGAAAAGGUGGAGAGAGGGCCACCACAAACAAGAGGAGGAAACAUGAAGACGUCCAAUGCGGUCACUGCCUCGGCACCGGUGAAUGGACAGCAAGGUAACGACUGGGACAGCAGGUGGCAGAAGAAGAUGGUCGACAUUGCUCAGGCCCUGCAAGCAAGUCCAGUGGAUGUGGCGGCUCUCAGGAGGAUGGCCAUCAGCGAGGGUGGCCUGCUGACGGAUGAAAUUCGCUGUCAAGUGUGGCCUCGCCUUCUGAACGUCCCACAGCACAUUUUGGAUCAAGAUCCGGAAACAGUAGAGCGGGAUAAUAACAAGGACUAUAACCAGGUGCUACUGGAUGUUCAACGUUCUCUACGAAGGUUCCCACCUGGUAUGCCAGAUGAGCAGAGGGAGGGUCUCCAGGAAGAGCUCAUUGACAUUAUCCUGAGAGUUCUGAAAAAUAAUCCUCAGCUGCACUAUUACCAAGGAUACCACGAUAUAGUCGUCACCUUCCUACUGGUAGUGGGCGAGCGUCUGGCGACUGCUCUUGUGGAAAAGCUCUCCACGCAUCACCUCAGGGACUUCAUGGAUCCCACCAUGGACAACACAAAACACAUUCUCAACUACCUGAUGCCCAUCAUUGAGAGGGUCAACCCUGAGGUGCAUGAUUUCAUGCAACAGGCAGAGGUUGGCACCGUCUUCGCUCUCAGUUGGUUGAUCACCUGGUUCGGCCAUGUUCUGUCAGACUUCCGCCACGUCGUACGGUUGUAUGACUUCUUCCUUGCCUGCCAUCCACUGAUGCCCAUCUAUUUUGCAGCUGUGAUCGUACUUCACAGAGAAGAUGAGGUGCUGGAGUGUGAGUGCGACAUGGCGAUGGUCCAUCACCUACUGUCUCAGAUUCCUCAGGAUCUGCCCUACGAGACUCUCAUAAGCCGAGCGGGAGACCUUUUUGUCCAGUUCCCCCCCUCGGAGCUGGCAAGAGAGGCCGCCUCACAUGACUGCAUGGCCACCACCACCUUUAAGGACUUCGACCUUGCCUCGACCCAGCAGCGGCCCGACUCAGUUCUCCUCCGCCGGCGUAAACAGAAACAGGCAGCGCUGGAGCGCUCGGUGGCAGGCUCUACAGUGACCCAACCGUCCGUGGCGCGGCGUUUUGUUCGUUUAGCCGUUAUGGGCCUGACGGUGGCUUUAGGGGCAGCGGCGCUCGCUGUCGUCAACAGUGCGCUGGAGUGGGCCCCUAAACUGGACCUCUUUCCUUGAACAGAAGUAGUACACUCCAGUGGCACAGUUCUUGACUGAGCGUGGCUCCUUCACAACACCGGUUACCUCGCCUCUAAGCCACCCCUAUGAAGAUUACUCUAAAAUGAGAAGACUUUCUUACUCCGUUUCCUGUUAUUGCUGUCAUUUCUACUUGGUAAUAGCAACAACUGUUAUUCUUAUAGGAAUUUAUGGGAGAAAAAAAACAUUACUUAGAUGCGUGUUUUCAGUGUGCGUAUAUAUUAAUGAGGUAUUUCAUAUCUGAGACCAAAUAGAGGAUUUGUAGAAUCCUCUCCUAUUCACUAGAGUUAAUCGUUUUCUACAUGUAAUAAGAUGUAAACAAAUGGCACACAGACACAUGUAAUGCAAAUUUAAAGCCCCUGUUCGCGCUUGGCACCUUUGACAUUCCUAUGAUUUUUUUUUUUCAGCACAAACACCUUAUAGGUUUUACGUCCCUGUGUUCCUGAAGAUACCGAUGUGGGUGUUGACACAAUUUAUACACAAUAUUUACAAUAAUUCACUGUUCUAAGGUUAACCUUUGUAUUUAUUUAUAAGCACUUUUAGCUGAAAAGAGCACGCUAGUACAGCAGUUGAUGCUGAAGUUCACUUGAUUGUGGUUUCCCCAAUGUGGAAGUGAGGGGUUUUACUGCUCUUAAGUCAUUUUUUUGCAGGAUUGUGCAGCUUUUUUGGAAGUCAGCCAGGGACAUUUUUAUGUAAGGCUGACAUUUGAUUGCAAAUUGGAAGUCACUAACACUGGUUGAGCUGCUAAAUGAUAAAUAAAAAUGCUUAAAUGGUUGAUUGGAGAGUAAAUAAACGUUUUAACUGGUUUCUCUGUUGCUCCCAUUGCACUAGUUUUUUCAGUUUCGUUUUAAUAAAAAAAAUGUAAAGUUGUACAAGAGAAUGCUAUAUUAAAACCUUU